AAGGAGGGGACGUGUUGAGGAAUAUCCUUGUCCUAUAAUCAUAUUGCAUAUAAAACUUGUUCUAUGGAAAAAUUUUGAUUGCCAAAUAGGAAAUAAAAAACUCAUGGCUAUGAACAACGUGCCACAUUCCUUAACAAUGUUGACUAUUGGAUUGGUUAUUUGUUUUACCAUUGCUCAUGAUUCUAUUCCUAAACAUCUUCAAAUAUCAUCUUAUUAUACAGCUUCAGAGGAUCUAACUGUGUGUUUAGAUGAGUGCGAAAAACGCUUUUUAAAGGAUUAUCCGAAAUCAUUGGACGCAUGCAAGAAGAGAUGUCGCGAAAAGCACGCUAGACAAAACACCAAUAGUAUGUGUCUAAGCUAUUGUCAAUACUUUUUAAUUUUUCUGAGAAUAGGAAGAAGUGUAUUCAACAUUGCAGAGUAUUGUAUUCAGAUCCAGAGGAAUUUCAAGUUUGUAGACAGGACUGCCUUAGUCGGUUCCCGAAAACAUAUGCUGAAUCUAGAAGAGAGUGUAUCGACAAAUGUUUGUCACGCUAUUGGAACACUCAAACUAAGUUUUUAGAGUGCAGAAAGAAAUGCUAUGAUAAGUACCCGAUAACAUUAGAAUUUUAAGUGUGAAAAAGUUAUCUUGAAUCUUUUGAAAAUUUUAUAUGACAUUUUGAGUUUGUAUUAAGAGGAUCUAGGUAUUAAUUGUUCAUUAUUAGGUACUUCAAACAUAAUGAUUAUGUCAUAACAUAUUUUAAAUAUAAUAUUGUUAAACUCAACUUUCA